CGAGGUUGGACGCUCAUCGCUCAUCGCUCGGUCGCGAGUUUUGUUUCGGUUGCAUUUCGUUUCGUUUGGCGCAGAUUCACAGUUACAUUUGCGAGUCUUAACGUGUUGUCUGCGCUUGAAUGCCAAAUUUAAUUGCCACACUCAGCAGCAGCAGCUAUCGCGGUUAUCGAAGACAGCUAACGUUUAAUUUGAAAACGUUUUUCAAACACCACAAGCAACAACACAAAAAUCACCGCAAGUCGUGACUUUCGUUUUUCCCCAACUUUCAUUUUUUUAUGUUUUACAAGUUUUCAUUGAGCCAAGUGUCAAACGGAUAAUUUUUCUGUAAUUCAACAACAACACGACACAGAGGUGUUUGUGCAGUGUCUCUUGAAAGUUACGUGUUACAACAUCAAGAAAUAAAAUAAAAAAAAGUAUUUAAGUGCACGUGUGAUAAAAACAUAUAUAACGGUUAAAUGGCGCUCAUUGACACCGCUUGGCGUUGCCGCCUCAUGAUCUUUGGCAUCCUCACUCUCCUCCUCGUGGGCGAUCUCGUUGGCUUCGGCGGUCUGAGUGUGCGUGGCGUUAAAUCGGAUAAUCCCGAUGAUAAUCCCCUCCAGGGCGGUGGAGCACCCACUGGACCGGCAGCUGCUGCUGGCAAGUUUCCGGAGAAGAAUGCUGAAAUCGAUAUAGGCGAAGAGCAUGACUUCGACGAGUUCUCUGCGGCGGCAGCAUUGAAGCCCAACACAGGAAUUGUGACGGGAGCAAAUCUAAAGACAAAAUCACAAUUAACGGAUACGAUCAAAGAAUCCUGUUUACCCAAAAUGUUGUGUGAAUUGGCUGCAAAGCCAGAAUAUGAGUUGAGUGAAAAGGAGAGGGAAUUGCUGCGCUUGAUAAGAUCACCCACCAUGCCCUGGAUGAUGAAUAUGCCGCCGAGCAAAUGGUAUUUUGCUGCUCAUAUGGGGGAACUGAUGCGACAUACAGCCGACAAUCUACAUGGUCCAAUGGGCUGUGCUAAUCUCUGGCCAAAUUGCCCGAUCAGCUCAAAGAAGCUGAUGAAACUGAGCUACAAGGUGCGCGUUUAGCACACACGCACACUUUGUUAAUUGUGAUCAUAGUAAUUUUAAGUGAUUAGGAUAUAUAAUUAUUACACACACACACUGUACACACACACAUCUCUGGGCCCAGAAAGAAAAAAAUAUGAACUAUUGUACUAUAAUUUGUUUCCACUCUCCUCACACACACUCGAUGGCCUCUGGCUGCUGAUUAAUAAAAGUGCCUUCAGUUCGUAGGCUGAGGCAUGACUGAUGUGACAAUUUGCAACUUGUAUCUAUUAGCUUAUAGUAAGUGUGUCCUAAGUAGUCAUUUAAGUGUGGCUAGUCUAUCUCAAUUACAUAUAUGUGUACGUUAGUUUUUUGUUUAAACUUGUAAAGAUUAUGUGCCUAAUGUAAGUGCGACGAGCGUGUGCAAUUUGUAAAUAAAUGCAUAUUGUUAUAGUCUGAA